CGCGUGCGCAUUGGACGGCUAUUUUGGCGGGCGUUGCGCAGAAGCGGCGGCUCAGAGGGGGUACAACCCGGGGAGGGGGAGUUGGUUUCGUCGCGAGCCCGUUACUUUCUCCAGAACUCUUUCAGGUAUUUCCUCUUGGAAAAAUCUGGACCUUUACUCCUUCAGCUGCAGAUGCAAGGAUAAUACACACUACACAGAACAAGAGCUCUACUGAGCAGUCCAGACAAAAACUAAAUACAGAAAUCCACUGCCAUUUCCUCCAAGAAUUGGGUAGCCUUGGUGCAUUAGGUGCAACUCCCGCGCUAUGGGCAAGAGAAACAAGAGGACAGCAGAUAGUUCGUCCUCUGAAGAAGAGGAGGAAUAUGUUGUGGAGAAGGUUCUAGACAGGCGUGUUGUGAAGGGUCAAGUGGAGUAUCUUCUCAAGUGGAAAGGAUUCUCUGAGGAGCAUAACACCUGGGAGCCCGAGAAAAACCUUGACUGCCCGGAACUGAUUUCUGAGUUUAUGAAAAAAUAUAAAAAAAUGAAAGAAGGUGAAAGCAAACCUCGGGAGAAGUCAGAGAGUGCCAAGCGAAAAGCAAGCCUCGCCAAUAACACUGAUGACCUCAAAGCCAAAAAGAAGAGGGAGAGCACCGAUAUCGCUUUGUGGGCUUUGAAAGUUAUGUGAUUUCGGGAUGCCGAGAUCAUCGGAGCCACAGACUCCUGUGGCGAUUUAAUGUUCCUAAUGAAAUGGAAAGACACAGAUGAGGCUGAUCUGGUCCUCGCCAAAGAAGCCAACGUGAAGUGCCCUCAGAUUGUGAUAGCGUUUUAUGAAGAGAGACUGACCUGGCACGCCUACCCAGAAGACGCCGAGAACAAAGAGCGAGAGGCAGUGAAGAGCUAAAGUGGCCGGGGUCCUCUGUCCAUCCAUAGUUGUACAUAUUCCACCCCUCUCUUCCCUCUCAGCCCAAACACAUCCAUGAAAAUGUGCUUAUUACUGUGCUCCGCAGGAGAAACGUUGAUAUUGAUUGGUUUAGUCAUAACAUAAAUGGUGUAAGUCA